AUUUGAGAGUUGAACCUCGCGGUCAUAACGCGUUGUCAAGCAAAACGAAUAUUUAAGGUUGUCAAACUAAAAGCCAAAUAAAGACAUCAAAAUAAACAAAUCGAGAACAAGAUUAUAAAGGUUAUAUUGUAAUUUAAGCAUUAGCAGCGAUAAGCUAUAAAUAUAGUCUUCUUGAAGCUAAAAAUGUGAUAAUUUUUGAAUUUUUGUGGUUGUAAUGUGAUGUUUUUAUUAAGUUUAGAGUCUUAUCAUAUUUAAGUCACACCGAUAAUAGAAUAAAUAUGGAAUCUUUUGUGCGUUAUCGAAACAUUUUAUUAUUAGUUGUAUUUGUAAGCAGCGUGAAUUCGUUGCCAUACGACGUGCACUGGCUCGGAGGACCUACAAUAAUUGAUAGGGAGAUCAAACCGAAUAAAGAAACAAUUGACAUAUAUUGUUACAGUGGAUGUAAUAAGAAUUUAUUUGUCUUGUGGCAGACAGUUAAGUUCAAUUUAAAAAUAAAAAAUGAUGAAUUCAACCAAUAUAUUGGAGAGAAUCCAGAAGAUGUUUAUAAAGACUACACAGAGAACAGCUACGGCUGGGCUGUUGUCAAUCCGUUCCAGAAGAAAUCGUACAAGAGUAUCUCAAUCGACCUAUUUACACCAACAUGUAUGGCCAUAGACACAAAGCAUCGCCAUAGUAUAGAGUUACAUAUACAGAGAGUAGACAUGUGGCGAGUGCUAUUAAUGGCCCUUGGUCUAGUGUUAAUAUUCUCUUCAAAAGCCUUAAGUGGUAAUCCAGUAUUCUUCUAUGUUUGUGGAGUCCUGGUCGGAGUGUCAGCUUCCUUUUUACUCCUAGUCUAUUAUUUUAGCAAGCUAUUACCUAGGAAAACUCUAACAUACGGCAUACUGAUCGGUGGUUGGACAGUAGGAGUAUACUUGAUCCGUCAGGCCUGGGAGAAUGUACAGAGUAUCCUGAUGUCGUACCAAGUGUAUAUGUUCUGGUACACUUUGAUUGUGACCUUUGUCAGUUUUGUAGUCUGCUAUAGAAUUGGUCCACCAAAAAACCAGAGGAGCAAGAACCUUGUUAUGUGGACGUUACAGGUGAUAGGAGCUAUAAUGAUAUUCUUCAGCAGCCAGUACCGCGAGGCCUCGACCAUGGUGUGUGUUCUAGCACUCUGCAUCAAAUACUUCCCACAGACAUGGCUCUACAGAGUACAGGCAUAUUGGCGACGUAAGUUCCCCCCUCAGCGCCGGUUGCUCACCAGCGAGGAGUACUACGAGGAGGGCGCGCGCGAGACAAAGCGCGCGCUCGACAACCUGCGCCAGUACUGCAGCAGUCCCGACUGCAAGCAGUGGAGCGUCAUCAUGAAGAUUAGCGACGCUAAAAGGUUCGCAAGCUUUGUGGAAGGUAAUUCCCACUUGAGUGAUGAUGAAGUAAUGGACUAUGAGUCGUACGCGUUCUCCUUAGAGAGAGACAAGCCGGUCGCCAACUCCACGCGCGCUUACGACAUCUCCGACGACGACUCCUCCACUGAUGAUGAAGACUAUCUCUGAUGAAGUUAACAUUUCUUGAUAUUGCGGUGAAGUAAAUGCUUAAAAUGUAUUAAGUCGAGGUGAGUUGUGUGAUGUGUUUUUAACUAUCUCGAUAUUAAAAAAUGUAAAGGGGUCAGUAAUAUUUGGCAGGUUUGAUAGUAAUAUUUGGCAGGUUGGAUAGUAAUAUUUGGCAGGUUUGAUAGUAAUAUUUGGCAGGUUGGAUAGUAAUAUUUGGCAGGCUGGAUAGUAAUAUUUGGCAGGUCUGAUAGUAAUAUUUGGCAGGUUGGAUAGUAAUAUUUGGCAGGUCUGAUAGUAAUAUUUGGCAGGUUGGAUAGUAAUAUUUGGCAGGUCUGAUAGUAAUAUUUGGCAGGUUGGAUAGUAAUCUUUUUACUAAUUUCUAGCGAUUUAUUAUCUGUCA